AGAUGAAUUUUUCAUGAAUCAAUGUUCAGCACUUCUUUCUUUUUCCCUUUUUUUUUGUUUGUUUUGUUUUGUUUUUGUUUUUGUUUUUGGUUUCUGGGUAAAAGAGUAACAUCUGAUUUUUCUUUACAUCCGUACAUUUUCAAAUUUGUUUCAUGCGAAAAUUGUUUUUACAGAGUGAGCUUCAUGGGUUGGCUGCUUUACAAUGGUCUAUUUGUCAAGACUCCCUCAGUAGGUCGCAGGAAGCUCAAGUCAUGUACGAGAAGCUUCAAUCCCACCCAACUGCUAAAGUAAGCAAGAAGGCGAGGCAAUUUGUGUUCAGCUUUCAGGCCAUGGAAAUGAUGAAGCUUACAGGGAGCUCACCUUGGAAGAACACUGGCUUUCAGAAUUAUUUUGAAGCUUUCAUUGAAAAUAAAUCCGACUUUGUGCUAAAAGAGGCUGAAGGUGAAGUAGGUACACUGAGUCAAACUCUUCCAUAUAUUAUUUUUCUUGUUUCUCCCAUUUUCGUAGUGCUACUUAUUGCUUUACAAAAGAGAAUAUAAAGUGAGUAUAGCGAGACAAAAUCAAACAAUUUUGUCAUUCUUAUUGUAUAUAUCCAAUAUAUUAUUUGAACAUUUGACAUGA